AUGUCACCCAUGUAUCUGGAUGAGAAGCUCGGCGUGGACCGCGUUGCCAUCAUAGGCGCCGGACCAUGCGGACUCGCUAUGGCAAAGUACCUUCUGGCGGAGAAGAAGUUCACGAAGAUUGAGGUUUUUGAACAGAGGGCUUCAGUCGGCGGUGUUUGGAACUACACACCCUUGAAUGUCAUUGACAAUGACUUCACAGUCCCAAGGACACACCCCACCAAGCUCCCAGACACAGCAGUUCGGGUCAACAACUCGGAGACUGCCCAGUUCGUCUCCCCUGUCUACGAGUUUCUCGAAACGAACAUCCCACAUAGUUUGAUGAAUUAUGCGGAUCAAGGUUUCCCAUCGGGCUCAUCACUGUUCCCCAAGCAUGCUGUGGUCAAGCAAUACCUCGUGGACUACGCGGCGGAGCUGCAGCCUUACCUGACACUGCAAACACAAAUCCUGGACGUCUGCAAGUCCCGUGCUGAGAGCGGAAAGAGCUGUUGGGAGCUUCAGAUUCUCGAUCUCAAGAGCAACCAAACAAGGAAGGAAAUGUUCGACGCUGUUGUUGUAGCCAGCGGCCAUUACAAUGAUCCUUAUAUCCCUGACAUCAAGGGAUUAGCUGAGUUCAACGAGACUCACCCUGGGGCCAUAUCACACUCAAAGUUCUACCGGCGACCAGACCAAUACCAAGACAAGAAAGUCAUUGUGGUGGGUAACUCAGCCUCGGGGAUCGAUAUCAGUGCACAGGUCGGCACUGUGUGCAAGCAGCCGAUCAUUGUCUCUGAAAAGUCGACACCAGCAACGCCGGUAGAGAAGCGUUCUUAUGUCAAGUCGGUACCGGAGAUUGUAGAAGUCGACUCAAAGACUCGGUCCAUUCGAUUUGCCGAUGGAGACGUCGAGACAGACGUCGACGCCAUCGUCUUCUGCACGGGUUACUUUUACUCAUACCCCUUCCUCAAGAGCCUUUCACCGCCCGUGGUUACAGAUGGGUCUUGCGCAAGGAAUCUCUACGAACAUGUCUUGUACAUUGACGAUCCCACUCUUGCCUUCCUUGGCAUCCCGCAACGCGUUGUACCGUUCCCUAUCGCUGAAGUCCAGAGUGCUUGGGUCAGCCGCAUCUGGGCGGACAGGCUCCCAAUGCCUCCGGUGGAAGACAUGCGAAAGUCAGAAGAAGCGACUUUCCUUGCCAAAGGCGCACGAGCAAUGCAUAAUAUGGCCUUUCCCCAGGAUGCUGAUUAUAUAAAUCGUCUUCACGAUGCCGCCGUUUCGGCCAAGCCAGUACAAGGCCUGGACAAUGAAGGAAAGGGCAAGAUCCCACCGUAUUGGGGCGAAGACAAGCGCUGGGCACGAGAGCGCUUCCCUAUGAUCAAGAUUGCGUCUCGAGCGCUUGGAGACAAGAGACACGAGAUCCGCACCCUGAAAGAGCUAGGGUUCGACUAUGAGGCUUGGAAGGCCAGCGGGUCGAAAGAAUUGGAAGAGAAGUUGAUAUGA